AGCAACUUUUUGAUAUUAUAAAUCUUCAAGGAGAGAAUCUCAGAAUUUUUUACCAAUGUUAUGCUGCCCCAGGAGGGGAGCUUAAACAUAAAUAUUUGCAUGGAAUACUCAAUGCCUUGAGUUGGGGAUUUUUGUUUCCUGUUGGAGUUAUCAUGGCGCGGUACUUGAGGACAUUCGACUCGUUAGACCCGGCCUGGUUUAAUCUUCACGUAUCUUGCCAAGUUUUAGGAUAUAUUCUUGGAGUUGCUGGUUGGGGAACUGGUAUGAAGCUUGGGUAUGAAUCAAUAGGAAUUGAAUUCCCUCUGCAUCGUAAAAUUGGAAUUGCGCUGUUCUGCCUUUGCACCAUGCAGGUAUUAUUUGCAUUGUUCUUGAGACCCAAGAAGGAUCACAAGCACCGCACACUCUGGAAUUUUUACCACCACAUACAAGGAUACUUGAUCGUCAUUCUUGGCAUAGUGAACAUGUUUAAAGGUCUAACCAUCUUGAGUCCUGCAGACAAAUGGAUAAAUUCCUACACACUGAUUCUCUAUAUAUUGUUGGGAAUUGCUAUAUUUGCCGAAGUUGUGACAUGGAUUGUAUAAUGUAAGAAGAGAUCUCCAAGGCCUACGAAUCGGUACCCCAGCGCCUAAUGGAAGGUGCCCCGCACUUAGCAAUCUAAUCAAAAACCUGUAUUCUACAAUAUAGUAUAUAUAUGUGGUCUAGAUGGAUUGUUUGUGUUACUGUAAUUCUUAUCUUCUAGACUUUUGGUUAAAGAUUGGAUUAGU